AUGAAGGCCGAUCACUAACUUUAUCUUAGAUAAUUCCUUUCUUUUACCAGAAGCCUAAUGAGAUUGUAGAAUAAAAUAUGUGUUUGUGUAUAAAUUUGCCUUUUUCGCAUAUGUUCAUGUAGUCAUUCACAAAAUCAUUGAUAACGUUUAAAGGGCAUUAGUUUUACUUUUGGCUUAGGACACAAAAAUUAUACCAGAUUUCUUAAGCAUGCAAAAUUAUGGUGGAGCAGAAAUUUUCGUACAAGUGGCACAGUCAAUGGGAUCUAGCAUUCGGCUAUAGCGCUACGGUUUCCAAAUACACACGAGACGCUCUUCUCGUGUCCACACGUUUUCUUCUUUAUCGCUUAAAAUUUGGAUAACUCGUUAAAAUGUUCUAAUGCUAAUCAUAUGGCAGUGUAGAAAGUGAAGUGGACGAGUAGAGUGUAAAAUUCUUUCUUUUAUCCUUCUUGGACGAAAUUCCUAAUCAAAAAUUAUAUUUUUUCGCUUUAUAUCCCUUUUAAUGUCAGAGCUUUUAUGGAUAACGUAUUUCUGAAAGCUGCGGCCUUCGAGUGUGGGUUUGAUCCGAACAAGUACACUUACCCUACCAAAAAAUCUUGCAUCCUGAAAUUGCCACCUUGGCUUGUUAGAUUGGUUAGGACGUUUUGGUGGAAGGCGGUUAACGACGAUAAACCAGUAGGAAAGAGUACAAAAGCUGCAUUGAAGAAAGUAAAAAAGUCAAACGAGAGUGGAGCUGAAGGUUCCACGAGUAAGCCGACAUUUCAAACUUUUGACACUUCUUUGGCCCCAUCUCUAAAACAGCCUCUGAGAGUGAGUAGACAAGUGAAAGCCAUUGCAAAACGAACGCCUGUUAACAGGACAGGUGCCAGCGCAGCGAAGGCUGUACCCAAAGAGAAUAGCAAGCUAAAAAGUCAACUCAAAACUACUGCACCCAGCUAUACGAAAGCUGUACCUAAAACAACAGUUCAAGCGACACCAGAGCCGAGUCCCAAAUUUGAAAAACGGCCCGCGGCAAAGCCAGUUCUGAAAAAAGCCGGGGCAACGAGCCAAGUCAAAUCCAAUAUAAACUCACCGUCAAUUCAGAAAAACCCUGUGAAGGAUAAAGCUGAGAAAAAAAAUAACCGGACAAAUCCUGACCUCACGCCAUAUACUGGUUAUUCCAAAUUUAAUGCAAAAGGAGGUGUUGCAUAUAAUUACACAUUAGGCCAACCUAAAAAAGUUGUAACCAAAAAGGCUGCUGUUAAGAGAUCACCACCUAAGGAAAAGUACACAGAACAGUCAUUAAGUGAAUCGUUUUCGAGGCAGAGUACAUUCAUCAAAGAUUCAGAUGCAAAGUCAAUCGCCGAAACUGAUGCCAACAGUGAAAUACUCGGUGAAUACGAAUCGGAUUUUGAAGACCCAUCAGAAUCUGAGGCAAGUGUGCCUAUAAAAAACGAAGCUUUAGCCACUCAAGAGGAAAAGGAGCUCAGCAAGGUGGAUUAUUCAAAACAAGACAAAGGAAAACACAAGAGUGAUUUAAUUUUAGACUCACGACCACAAUCAUCAUACCAGGAAUUAAUAGCAGAGUCCAAGGCAAAAUCUUCUAGUAGGACAAGCACGCCAAGACAAGUGAGACAUGUCAAUAAGGGUGCUGAAGGCAAGAGGCCAAAAAAUGCUGAAGAAUUUGAGAAGAAUGAUGCAGACAAUGACGAAGAAAUCGUUGAUUACGAUGAUGAUUUCGAGGAUUACGAAUCUGACUUCGAAGAUGACACCGAAUCUGGAUUCACGAGUUCUGAUGAGAACCAAAUAUCGGCGGUUGAGACGGCGAGCGACACAGAUAGCGAGCUGAAGAAGAUCAAGCCACAGAGGAUGCAUGUCGUCGUUGAGGAUGAAAAGAAAAUGGAUUCGGGGAGUUAUGAUCUUUCAUCGAAAAUGAUUAGAUCUGACAUUCUCAGAUCUAGCCAACUGAAAGAGAUAAAAGAAGCGAUAUCAAGAGAAAAUACAAUUUACAAUGAAAGACCAAAUGAAUUGAAAAUUUUCAAGAAAACAGAAGCUUCUCAACGUUUCCAGCUAAGCAAUCUAAAUUUUAAGGCUGCUUUGCAGAAUGAUGCUGUUACAAAGGCAAUUUUAAAUAAAAGGAACGCCGUACAGAAACGAGGCCAGAUCCUUUUGGAAAUGAUUACUCUCCAGCCGAUCAGCUUCCACAUCUAUGACAUGCUCCCGAUACCUUACAAUGAGUUUAUCAGGAUGUAUGGCAAGAAGAAUACACUGCAGAAUUUUACUCAAACGAAUGAUGAUUCCAUUUCAACUGACAUUCAGACAGAUUUGAUUGUCAAAGAAAACAAAUGGACUCAAUGCCCAGUCGAAUAUCACCGAUGGGAGGGCAAUGGCAACGACCUUGCUGUUUACCUGCACGAUAAAAAUGGCGUUGGUGGUGAUGACAUGUAUGACUCCAUAUUGGGCCGUAACAGGUUGUUGAAAAAAUACAACUAUAACACACAGCAGCUAAAUAACUUUAUAUUAUCAGCUGGACAGGUAAUGUUGAUCAUUUUGGAAGAAGAAAUGAUCUCCUCCAAAAAGAAUCAAUUAACUCGUGGAAAAAUUGACUAUGGGUUUAGUGAUGGCUUUAUAUCAAUGAUGACAAACGAAAUCAACUUUUUGAAAGGAAGGCUCAUUACAAAUCUUGUGUUUUCACCGCAUAAUCCAUUAAUCUUCUUGAGCUGUCAUCAGACUUCUAUAGAGUUUGGCAGCACUUUCAUUGACCAGUACUAUGGAAGGUGUAUUGUUUGCAUAUGGAAUAUCUUGCAACCGUCGCAGCCGCUGAAAUUUCUCGUGGCAUCCGAUGAAAUCACAUCUUUGUGUUUUGACUCUUCAUACGAUUACCUGAUAUAUGCUGGAUUAAAUGAUGGGACCAUAUGUGCUUGGGAUUUGACAGAAAGAACUGAAUGGCACCAGCAGAAUAUUGCUGUGGAUAUGCCUUUCAUUUUAAGAUCACCGACGUACUGCUCAUUUUAUGCUCAAGAAGAUAAUGAUGAAGCGAAACAUUACAGGCCAAUCAUAAGCAUAAAAUCUAUAGGAUUUACUCAAUUAAAUGAUCUUGCUUCCAGUGUUAAACCACCUACAAGGCUUGUGACAUUAAGCCAAGACACAAAAUGCAUAAUUUGGACCGUUCUACAUUGCCCAAAUGCUGAUGUAAAUUUAAACAGACAAAUUCAAGAAGGUUGCACUGCCCCUUGGGGCAGGAUAAAGCUCAUUUGCAAUACUGUAUUAGACCCGAAGAAAAAUCUUGUAAAGAAUGAAAGAAAUGACUAUCUUGAGUUAAAUUGCAUGGCGUUGAUAUCAAAUAAGGAAUUCUUAAGGAUACUGCUAGGAACAAAUAUUGGGUAUGUAAUUAACUGCAACUCGAUUGGUUCUGUGCCAGAAACGAAACUCUUUGGGAAUUAUGAUACAUCACUGGGUAUUUCAUGUAUAGAACCCAACUCACACUUAUACAACAUAUUCUUGGUCGGCUAUGAUGACGGAAAUGUAACUUUGUUCAAUAUUGACAGAAGUAAACCACUUCGUACUUUCACAUCACACCCAGAAAUGGUCGGAAGUCCAGUAGUGAAUUUAAAAUGGUGUUCAUUUAAAGUUGGUCUAUUUUUUGUCAUGGAUAACGAAUCAAGCGUUUACGUCUGGGAUAUUUGCAAGGGUGACGUUUUCCCUCAGUUCUCAGUUCCGUUGAAGCGAAAAUCAGCUACCAACAUGGACAUUUCCUGUGAUUCACGAUUUCCUUAUCUGGCCAUGUCACUGAAAAAAUCCCAAUUGUGCAUUCACAGGAUCAAAGAUGAAUUCAUAUCGAAGGAGACAAGUUUUGAAAGUGAAUUUCAACUUUUAAAAGACUACCUAUUUAAGUUGUAAUAGUUAAGUCCUUAUAUAAAUAAUUAUUACUAUGUUAGUUGGUAGGAUGGGUUGUCUAAAUUAGUUGGGACAUUUUAACGUCCCAUAUUCUGAAAGGGCACAGGUGUAUAUGAUUACAAUGGCUGAAAUGUAAAACCUAAAGUUAAGAAAAGGUUAAAUUGCAAAGAAUCGAUUGAACAGGGAUUUGUUAUUUAUACAUUAAGAGCCUUAUACUAACUGAAAGAUUAUGGUUUAAAUUUGAAAGAAUAAUGUAAUUUGAUUUAUAGCUAAACGUGCAAAUAACAAAAUGAAAAGUGUUUUGUCAAUUACACAAAUGUUCAAAAAUUUUUAGGAUAAUAAAUCAGGAGAAUUCAU